GAGCCACAGAAACAAAAGAGGGUUAACUCACCUUACAUUGCUGGUUAAAUUUCAUUACCAUUAUUGUUAUUUUGAUUUUUACUAGUGUCUUUAUCACUGGAAAUUCAUGUCCCAUGUUCUGGGAAACGUUCUUAUGGGUACAGCGCACCACAAUGAAUCUUGAAGUGACUAAGUUUUGUUGAAAAGAUGGUUGAAUUAGAGAAAAGACUUCUGAAAAACAUGGAUUCGGUGUGUCGGCUCUGCCUGUCAGAGGACAGGAGCACCGUUUCAAUAUUUGACAGUAGUAACCAGAAACACUCCGUGCCUUUGCCAAUUCUGAUUAUGACUUGCACUCAAAUUCAGGUGUAUGCUAAUGACGGACUGCCAGCUCAAGCCUGUGAAGCUUGCAUUGAGAAAGUUGAGUCGUGGUUUGAAUUUAAGGGGGUGUGUACUCGAUCUGAUGAGAAAUUACGCCAACUGAUAAUCAAGAAAGAGGUUCUACCACAUUGGGGAGAAGGAGCUAUUCUCAGCAGUCCAAAGUCUGACGAAAACCGUCAGAACUCAAACUUUUGCCAGUAUGAAAAUGGGCAGUCUCAAGAAGUUGAGGUACCGGAAGUUGAGUGUGAUGUUGGUUUUGCUUCUGACCGGUAUGAGGAUUCAGAUUCUGAAAGCAGAACAGGACACGAGAAAGAGUCUCGGCGCUUAAACAGAGAAAGUUCAAACAAAACGAGGAAAGUUAUGUUAGAUCGUAAUGAAACCCCAGACCACAUACUAGGAAUGGAUUUCUCUUCACUGGAAAGUGAUGAAAGUGGUUCUGAAGGAGAUGAAGACUGGGAUGAAUACAAAUGUGAUGUCUGUGACAAAGUUUUAAAAUCUGAUGCCGCUCUUAAAAAGCAUAAGUUAAACCAUGCCCGAAAACGAAAGUUUCCUUGUACAGUUUGUGGUAAAGCUUUUCUUUUUAAAAAUCAUCAGGUGCGGCAUGAAAGAAAUUUGCAUGGCAAGAGCAUAAAUGAGACCUUUUCAUGUACUGAGUGUGACAGGAAGUUCACUCAAGACUUUGAGCUGAAAGCUCAUGCUCGUAUACAUGCUAGUGUUAUAACAUUUGAUUGUGAGUUUUGUCAAAAGGUUUUGCUCGACGAGACUAGUCUAGCUGACCACAUGCGCAUACAUCUCAGUGAACGUCCACAUGUUUGUGAAACAUGUGGUAAAUCAUUCAUUCGAAAUUGUCAUCUCAAGAAGCACAUGUGGACCCAUAAUGAGGAUGAUAAACCCCAUCGAUGUACAUAUUGUGGAAAAUCUUUCUUAACGGCUAGUUCCCUUCAGGAUCAUGUUCGCACUCACACUGGGGAAAAGCCAUACCUGUGCACCCACUGCGGGAAAUCUUUUUCUCAAGCACCAGCUUUAAUCAUGCAUGAAAAAAUUCAUGCCACUGGACGUACACAUCCUUGUAAAUAUUGCUCUAAAAGUUUUACCUCGGCAGUUGAAGUAUCAGCGCAUAUGAAGGACAACCAUUCUAGAGAAAAGCCUUUCACUUGUGGAACAUGUGGUAAAACCUUUGCAAUGCAGGUUGUUUAUAUGAAACACGUCAAAAGACAUGAAAGUCUGUUUUUAUGUAAUGUUUGCGGUAAAACUUUUGCAAGCAAACAGUGCCUUAAGAGGCAUGUUCGUAUUCAUACAGGGGAAAAACCAUAUCUUUGCCAAUAUUGUAAUACCUACUUUAGAACUUCUGCACAUCUUGUUGAGCAUGUAAGGAUUCAUACUGGAGACCGACCUUAUGCAUGUGAAACUUGUGGAAAGAGUUUUGCUCGGAGAACACAUUUGCAACAACAUGUGCGCUCUCACACGGGUGAAAAGCCUUAUGUUUGCAAGUAUUGUGGAAAACCAUGGGCUUCAUCUAGCAACUUGGCUGAGCAUGUGAGGAUUCACACUGGUGAGAAACCUUACAUGUGUCAGAUUUGUGGCCAAGCUUUUGGGAAGAGGUCUGCUAUGCAGGAACAUUUGAAGGGACAUCCUUCAUCAGAAUCAGAGGUGGCUACUUCAAGUACACCUUUACAAGAUUCAUCAUCAGCAAUUCCUGUAGCAUUUCCCAGUUCAAGACAACUUCCCUUACCUGUUCCAAACAUGUUGGAACACUUAAAAGAGCAUCCUUCAAUUGUUGCCAGCUCACGCACUCAUCUCCCAGUUACAACACCUACUGGACUUUCACUACCACUUUCUGCUUCAGGACAACUACCAUUAUCAGUAACAAACAUGUUAGCUUAAUAAUGGAUAAAAUAAAUUCUCCAAGUUUCUGGAUAAAAAGAAUAA